AAGACACGAAAAAUUUUGGCGAGCCGCUGCCGGUCACGAAGGGGUACUGCUGUGUAGUUGCUGCUCUGAUAGCUGAGGGAACGACGAUCGGCCGCCGACUCUGGCAGAGCGAGCUGUAACGUCGAGCAGUGCACAUCGUGCUCGGAUAAUCCUGCCGCUCCGAAAUUACGCCAAAUCGUUGUGCUAUUAUUAUUGUUGUUAAUACAAGUUGACUGGUGGAAAAUUAGUGUUUGACUAUCCGUGUUUCUAACAUCAGAAGUGGGAUUGUGCCCAGACGAGCACAGUGGAUUGAAAUCAUUGACGUUUUCUUUGUCUUGUGAGAACAAAGGAUAACGGUACAUCGUUGUGAUUGCUGCGUCAUAGUUUAAAACAAAAGACUGUUCUGCGUUGUGUGUUUGGAUCAAGUCUUGGUGUUCCUGAUAAAGAAACUCAAUUUAACGAUGGCUUCAACAGACGAAGAUCCCACCCAGUCGCUGGUAGCAGAAUUGGUAAAGGCCUUGCAGUCCCAAAGGUCGGCAGAACAGUAACAAAGCCAUCGCUGACUACCUGAGUAGCAAUGGAUAUAACGAUGCAUUGGAGGCUUUCAAAAAGGAGGCUGACAUGCCUGGAGAGGUGGAGAGGAAGUUCGGCGGACUACUUGAGAAAAAGUGGACAUCUGUUAUUAGGUUGCAGAAAAAGGUUAUGGAACUCGAGUCAAAGCUAAACGAAGCCGAGAAGGAGUACAUAGAAGGUGCACCCACUAGAGGCAAACGAUGUCCUACCGAAUGGAUACCCAGACCGCCAGAAAAAUUCUGUUUGACUGGUCACAGAGCACCAGUAACGAGAGUGAUUUUCCAUCCAGUCUUCAGUAUCAUGGUGUCUGCUAGUGAAGAUGCCACUAUUAAAGUAUGGGACUUUGAAACUGGAGAAUACGAACGUACUUUGAAAGGACAUACCGAUUCUAUACAAGAUAUAACUUUCGACCCGUCCGGCAAACUACUUGCUUCGUGCAGUGCCGAUAUGAGCAUCAAACUAUGGGACUUCCAGCAGUCCUACGAAUGUGUGCGGACAAUGUUGGGCCACGAUCACAACGUGUCCAGCGUAGCCUUUAUGCCCGCAGGUGAUUUCGUCGUGUCGGCUAGCAGGGAUAAGACUGUGAAAAUGUGGGAAGUAGCCACUGGAUACUGCGUCAAGACCUUCGUUGGACACAGAGAUUGGGUACGCAUGGUGCGAUCGUCCAGCGACGGCACCCUUCUAGCCACGUGCAGCAACGAUCAAUCGGUACGCGUGUGGACAGUGGCGACGAAAGAAUGCCGCGUAGAGUUGCGCGCGCACGAUCACGUAGUGGAGUGCGUGGCUUGGGCGCCAGAAGCCGCGGCCGCACCCAUCAACGAGGCAGCCGGUGCUGAUAACAGGAAGGGCGCACAUCGGGGACCCUUCCUUGCAAGCGGCAGUAGGGAUAAGACCAUUAGGAUAUGGGAUGUAGGUGCAGGAGUGGCACUUUUCGUACUGGUAGGACACGACAACUGGGUGCGAGGACUGGCUUUUCAUCCUGGUGGUAAAUUCUUGGUAUCGGCCAGCGACGACAAGACGCUGCGCGUCUGGGACUUGCGUAACAAGCGUUGCAUGAAGGUAUUGGACGCGCACAAGCACUUCUGCACUUCAGUAGAUUUCCACAAAUCACACCCGUACGUCAUAUCCGGCGGGGUGGAUCAGACAGUGAAGGUAUGGGAAUGUCGUUAAGCUGAUAUAGCGGUCAGGCUCAAACCACGCGGGUGGAGCGCUUUCUGAGUGCGUUCCUGAUUCAGUUAUCGGCGAAGGACCUUUGUGUCGCGUACUUGCGUUGUUCUGAUGUGCAUAGUCUUAUUAUAAGUUCAAACGUAACCUGGUUUUGUGUGCGGUACCUGGCGCCAAGGCUACAUUAUGACAUUUAGGUUUACUGUGUAUUAUAUUUUUUGAAGACCUCUCAUUCCGCAGUUUUGACUUACAAAUUUCGUUAUUCUAAUAGCGUAUUUUGUUUAGUUGAAAAUUUCUCUUUUAACCAGGUAUAUUCAUCGUUCCAGUUUUUUGCACAGAUCAUUUGAAGGUGUAUUAUUUAACGAUUUAUUUAAGAAAUAACUUAUAUUUUUGUUGGUUUUUUCAUCUAACAGCACCCUAGGAACAUCACAAUACAUUCUUGAUAUUUUUAUAUGAUACUAGAAGGAACAUUUAGAUGCUGAGUCAAAGUAUCUUUCGCAAGCUUAUGUGAUAUUAUUUCAGUGAAAUUCUUAGGGUGUUUUAAUUAAAUUGUAGAAGAUAUAUAUUCGUAUAUGUAGAAGACCGUGAUACGCAAAAUUCAGAAGCCUAAACGCUGAACAAAAUGGAAAAAACCCUCUUGAAAACCUUUAAUGUUACUUCAUAGUUCAGUUCUUCUUUUUGAUAAAUACAUCAUCCAGCACACAACCGUAUUUCUCAAAAUUUUAAGUGCAGAACAGCUUAUCUUGAACAUUUCCAAAAUUGAUGAAGAAAAAUCUAUGAUUUCGCUUUCAAUAACUAAUUAAAUUAUGUAAUAACAAUAAGUGCUAUUCGCAUUGUAUUAUGCUACGCGCCAGUUUUUGAAAUAAUAUCUUCCUAAAAAGUAUAUUUCCGAGUGAAAAAAUGCUGGGAUACCAAUACGCAUUUCCUCAAUAAAGACCCAAAUAAAAAGUUACGCGCGAUCACAAUUGUUGAAAACAUGAAUAUUCGCGCAAGAGAUAGAUGCUUUCUGUGAAAACAGGGUCUAAUAUUACAUUGAUAUUUGAUAUAUGAUUUUUAUUUUUUUACCAAGUUGUCGUUUUAAUGAAACGCGUCAUUCCAUUUACCACUUGCAUCGUUGACUAUGAUAAACAUUUAGAAUUUGAUGAAUAUACUGGUCAUAACCUUUAGAAACGAUUUUAUCAAGGAAAAAUAUGUUAUACCACAAUGUUUCAUUAUAAAGAAUUUUUUGUUUUGAUUCAAUCUGGGACGAUGGGUUGCUAUAAUGUAAUCAAAUUCCAGCUACGCCCCCGUCAAAGCAAACAUGAGCGUUCGAUCGUGGCUACGUUUCGCUUGGCGCUGCUACGUCCAGGCAUUUAUGACCCGCUGGAGCGCACGAAUUUGAACGUCGUGCGUUGUCGUUUGUUUUGACACGAUGCAAAUGGGAUUUUAAUACAUUUUAGAGGGAUCGAUAUGGAAACGUUUACCUAGUUAUGUCCACCACCAUGACAUUUAGUUGUCAUGAUUCACAUCCGAAAAAAAGGUAAUUGAACACAUGGCAGAAAUAUAAAUAUUCCCAGAUAGCCUUUUCUGUACUGUGAAUGAACCACGCGGCUUUUCUGUGCGCUACUUUAUAGAAAGAAUUCAGGCAAGAAUAUUAUUAGCUAUAAGAGAAUAUUGCUGGAAUUAGUCUGAUUUUACGUAGUGUUGUUAAAAUCGUAGAGUUACUUUUCUCAAAUAAUUUAAUCAAUUAGUACUAAUGUUUCUCAAAAUAGAAUGUACUUGCACGGCUAAAGCUUGAUAAAUGCGCUAUUUCUUUGAAGAUAUAAAAUUUAAAUUAUUCGUUGUGUAUCAUAAUAUCAUUGAUCACAUUUUUUUUUUUGAAAAAAUAUGUAUCGUUUUCUAUACUUUAAUCUUUGACAUAGUCCUAAUGCAUUACAUUUUAAAAAAUGUAUUUCUGUAUAUUUGGCUUCUAACGAUGGGUUUUUGUUGCGCCAAUUUGCUUUAUGAAAAUACUACUACUGUACUUGCACAAUUUACUCAAUAUAUAAUCCUUUACAUACUUGCAUAAAAUGUAUUGUUUUUAGCGAAGCAUUGUGAAUAAAUUAAAUUGUCUGUAUAUAAUUCAGAAUAAAUUCCCUUAUUGUAAUGAUGAUUUUUGUAUGGACACAAAUACCAUAUGGGAACAGUCCGGUGUAGGUAGGUUGAAG